GGACUACACCCAGUCGGCGACCGAUCGCUUAGGGUCCUUCUGACUGCCUACCGAAAAAGCACAUUAAAGCGGGGACGCCACGGAGCUCGGAGUUAGGGUCAUCGCCGGAGAAUCCGCAGCUCCACGGAAGCGCGAAACAACCACGCUGCCGCAGUAUUAACGACGGAAGCUCUUUUCCCGUUAUUUUUAUUUUGUAAAAAAAACGCAUUUUAGUAAAAGACGCAGUUAUGUCCUGGCAAGGCUACGUGGAUAACCUGAUGGCCGAUGGCUGCUGCCAGGACUCCGCCAUUGUUGGGUACGCGGACGCCAAAUAUGUCUGGGCAGCACCUCCCGGUGGCACUUUUAGCUGUAUAACGGCUCAAGAAAUUGAAGUCAUAGUAGGAAAGGACCGAGAGAGUUUCUUCACCAGUGGAUUGACUUUAGGUCACAAGAAGUGCUCCGUGAUCAGAGACAGCCUUCUAGUUGAUGGUGAUUGGACAAUGGACAUCAGGACAAAGAGUCACAGCGGCGAGGCCACGUAUAAUAUUUCUGUAGGCAGAGCUUUGAAAGUAUUGGUUUUAGUGAUGGGAAAGGAUGGUAUCCAUGGAGGGCAGCUCAACCAGAAAGCAUAUCUCAUGGCUGAGUACCUGAGGAAGUCUGGAUAUUAAGCAGCCUCUUCCCAUUCAUCUAGCAGCUCAUAAUCACCCUGUUGCGUCAAGAGAACUACCUGAUGUAGCUGGUAGAUGCUUCCCUCUCCCCUUUUUAUUACCCCCCCCCCCUUUUUUUUUUGUUUUUGUCACCCUUUAACCUCCCACCCAAGUACUGCUUUAAAUUGUAUGCAUUUACACUGUAUACCCAAUCCUGCUUUGGCAUCAUCGUUUCACUUUAGUAUAUCACACUAUUAUCAUAAUGCAAUGACUUUAUUUAAAACGAAAGCUGAUACAGGUCUGGGUGCUGCUUAGCAAAACACAGGGCUCUUGGUGAAUAGCUAGUGAAGGAAUUUUUAACUGACGAGCCCAUAUGAAGUAGUAUAUGAAGUAUAUCCAAGGUAGUAGCCUUGGAUUGACCAGUGGCUUUUUGAGCACUUUGAGCAAUUAAGCUCAUACCGUCUUCCUUUUCUAGAGAAUGUCUGGGAAGGAAACUGCAUGCACAUCUUCUAGCUCAGUGUUCCCCAUGCCUGUCCUCGUGGACCCCCCAGACAGUUCACGAUUUCGCUCCAUGCUAGAUAGUGAACUGUCUAGGGGUUUCCGAAGACCAGGUUGAGAAACACUGUCUUACCUUUAUUGGUUUUUCAUUUGUUGAACUCCUGCCAAAACUUAAGUAUCUUUCCAUUAUUACCUUAGAAUUUUUCUUCAUUUUGAACACUAUAUUCAUGGCACUCCAUCACAUUGUGGCUUGCCCCUAAUGUAAGCUAUCUGAUAUUUUUUUGUUUUGCAAGAUUUGAUUUGAGUUUGCUGUAUCCUGUGUCAAUUUGGUUUUUCUCAGCUAUUACCUGGAUGUAGUUCUGGUGGUAUUCUGCAUCUAAAAGCACGUCAUCGUUGCUGCAGGUAGACUUUUCUUUAAUAACCUCUUUGCCAUACCCCUGACUAUAUGAUCUCCCUGGACAUUCCACUGUUACAUAGCAGAGUCAGGUCAUUUUCACAAGCUCCUGUACUUUUUAUUAUUAUAAAGGCUGCCAUUUUGGACACUAGAUAUCCCAACAUGACCAUCUGGAGUGUAUCCCAUUGAAACAUUUUUCAUAGGACCAAUUUUAGCUGCAACUUGGGAGUUAACAACUGUCCAAAGGCAUUAAGCAUUGAAAAGGAAGACUGUUGGCUAACUCCAAAACAAUAACUGAUAUUGAAAUGACAGUAAUGUGUUUGCUGCUGAACUUAGCAUUAGUUUGAUGGAGCGGCAGUCUCCUCACUUUGUCAACUGUUUCGUUUUUUUUUUUUUUUUUUUAAAUUAACGAUUGCAUCUGACCUUGUAAUCCCUUGCUGUGGAGAGAACUGUGGAAUAAAGUGCUCUGUGCUCUAUUCAUCUGUGAUACUAAAAUGUCUGUCAAAGCAUGGUACUAAACAUGCCCAAUGUGUUUAAAAAAUUAAAAAAUAAAAAAAAGAAAAGCAAUUCACUUACAUUUGCAGGGAAAUGGUGUUGGUUGGAAAAAAUAGAGCCUUGCUGUUUUGUGGAAAUUUAUACAAAUUCUGUGCAUCCGUGCCAUAAUUUCGAGAUGGUCUGUUGCUGUUUCGGAUUGCAUUUUAACCCAUGCCCAAAAAGAUGAGAUCGAAUGGCACUUAAGAGCUCUUAGUGUGAGCUCAAAAUGUUAAGGCCUUGUUGAGUAUGUCCCAAUUGCAUCUAAUCUUGCUGAUUUUUUAUUUUUUUUGUUCUUUCCCUAAACCUUUUCUUAUUUGGGAUAUGGUAGAACAUCAGAUUUAAUAUGCAUAAGAAAUGCCAUAAAAUUGGGGGGGGGGGUAUUACCCUUGUUUACACACAGAUCAAAUAAAUUUAUUCCAACCAGAUGAAUUGCAGUUGUUUUGAUUUCCUAACUCUGAUCGUUCCUUGAUGACAGUGGGUGUUUCAGGUAGGGCAGCUGAGAGGCAAAUACCGCCCAUACCCAGCGCUUAAAGGGUUGGGGGGGGGGGUCUAAAGCCAGCCUCUACUUUGUCUGUGGAGUGCACAGGUUCUUCCCAUGUCUUGUAGGAUUUUCAUUAAUAGACUAAUCAGUGUCUCUCAAAUUCUGUGUGUGUAUGGGGUGAUCUCAUCCAGAGUUUGGAUAGACUCCGCCUCCAUUAGAAGAUGUCAGCGCUGUGAGAAUCGUUGGGUGUUGAUCUAAGAAAAGCACUACAGCUACAUUACUCAUUCAGUCUGGCUGUAUCAUGCAUGAUCUGCAUGCGAUUUUCAAAAACGGCAUGCUACAAACUAAUUGUCCCAUAUUCUGUGACAAAAGACACAAGGCACUCCCUCAUUGUGGGCAGUGGUGAAGUCACAAUUGUCACUGAAUAAACAAAGUUGUCAUUUCACGCCGCAUUAACAUGUAGCUAUGCUUGCGCAUGAGAGACAGGCAGUUCUUGACUGUACAGCACUGAGUGAAGCUCUGGAUUGUUUACGUCUGCAUUUCACCCAAAAUUGUUUUAAGAUUCCUUUAUAAAUUUCAAAAUCCCUUAACAUAUUUGAAUAUUUUGACAUUACUUUUGUGCCCGCCCUAUUAAAUGAGGCAGAGUUAUGGGUGCAGUGUCAUCUCUGGUCUGUAAAACAAAUAAUUACAUUGGUGUGCGAUGAAAAAUUUUAUAUGCUAGUCUUUUUCCCUCCCAGAAAUCUUUAAAUGUAUUGAACCGCAGUAGGAAGUAUUUUAAUUAUCUCCAGAAAAAUAACUUCAAUAUUUUGUCAGCAGUACAUAUUCCUAGUCUUGUAUUUUCGUGUUUAUGAAAAUUUGAACUAUUCUGCAUUAAAUGUACUAGAACUUAUUUUAGCCAAAAUAAAGAUAUAUAAAGAUGUAUAAA